CGGAAGCGCUUAGGAAGCGGUAGUAGCUGCAGCUGCGACUUUGGAGGCGGCUGCGGCGCUAAGAUGAAUGCUCCUCCCGCUUUCGAGUCGUUCUUGCUGUUCGAAGGCGAGAAGAAGAUCACUAUUAACAAGGACACAAAGGUACCCAAUGCUUGUUUGUUCACCAUCAACAAAGAAGAUCAUACGCUAGGAAACAUUAUUAAAUCACAGCUGUUGAAGGAUCCACAGGUGCUGUUUGCUGGCUACAAAGUUCCCCACCCUUUGGAGCACAAGAUCAUCAUCCGUGUGCAGACCACACCAGACUACAGUCCCCAGGAGGCCUUCACCAAUGCCAUCACAGACCUCAUCAGCGAGCUCUCCCUGCUGGAAGAGCGAUUCCGGGUGGCCAUCAAGGACAAGCAAGAAGGAAUUGAAUAAUGGGCUGGAAUGAGUCUUGCUUAGCCAGCUCCUACCCUGCACUGGGCCCUUCUCCAAGUACCAAAUGGAGGAGAGCAGCUUCUCUCAGCUAAGGGCCUCCUUGGAGAUAUCCCAGGGAGCUCCUCACCCUUGACAUUGGUGUGUCCUGUACAUAGAUUCUUUCAUCUUCCUAAUAAAGUAUGGAAGGAAAAGACCUGGA